GUGGAUAAUUGCGGCGCUUCUGCAGCCACAUGCGCCGUUUUACACAGUGGGCGCCCCUUUUCUCCUCGCUCUUCUCCUCUGACGAAUGCCGCGUCAAAUGAAAUGCGACGUGGGAUUUUCCGAUCAACCCAAGCCAGAGAGGGAGAGAGAGAGACAGCCGCCAAAGAAAAAAGUUCGAGAGCCCACGUCUGAUCUGAUAGUCGAGACGACACCAUCACCCAUCUCCUUGGCCCAGUAGCUGUUCACCUCGACUUUCAUCUUUGCCGAGUUGUCAUUUUCGAAUGGCCACCAGCACUUUGCUGCACAACUGAGACACGCCAAACGGGGUGCAUUGCACAAAUACCUUAUCUUUAACCUUUCCGUUCCGGACCAGUCGCACAGGCUAGCACCCCUUCCCUUCAGAGCUUCGCCAUACGACACGACCGACAUCAUCUCAUUGAUGCGCCGCCAGCAAUAGCCCACAUCAUGGCAAUCGCGAGGCCAGUCCGCGCCUUAGGGCUCGCCGCAAUCCUCAUGUGGUGUUUCUUCCUAUAUACCAUAUGGAGACCAUCGACACCCCUGGGACCCGGCGACUCCAUAAAGAACCUCGAGAGAGACCCCAACCUGGAUCCUACAGGAGAGCCCGAAGGCAUCCUUGUACGGGAGUCCGCCGCAUACGCGCCUGACGCGAACCCCUCGGCGCGAAUCAAUGCGACUCUGUUGGCGUUGGUACGAAACGAGGAAUUAGAGGGCAUGCUGCAGGCCAUGGGCGAUCUCGAGAGGACCUGGAACCACAAGUUCAACUACCCGUGGACUUUCUUCAACGAGGUGCCCUUUAGCGACGAGUUCAAGAAGAAGACACAGGCUGCCACAAAGGCAAAGUGUAACUAUGAGGUUAUUCCUUCCGAACAUUGGGACAAGCCGUCGUGGAUCAAUGAUGACCUAUAUGCCGAGUCCAUGAAGAUCCUGAAGGAGAACGACAUUCAAUAUGCCGACAAACUAUCCUACCACCAAAUGUGCCGAUGGAACAGCGGUCUCUUCUACAAGCACCCCGCUCUUCAGAACACCCAAUUCUACUGGCGCGUCGAGCCUAAAGUCCACUUCUUCUGCGAUGUCGAUUACGAUGUAUUCCGUUACAUGCAAGACCAGAACAAGACCUACGGCUUCACCAUCAACCUGUACGAUGCCCCCAAGUCUAUCCCGACACUGUGGCCAGAGACCACCAAGUUCAUUGCGCAGCACCCUGAAUACCUGCACAAGAACAACGCCUUGGAGUGGGUUACCGACAAGUCUCGCCGCCCGAGCCACAACGAGCAGGCAAACGGCUACUCGACCUGUCAUUUCUGGAGCAACUUUGAAAUUGCCGAUAUGAACUUUUGGCGCAGCCAGGUCUAUGAGGAUUAUUUCAACCACCUGGAUAGAGCCGGCGGCUUCUUCUACGAGAGAUGGGGCGAUGCGCCAGUCCACAGCAUCGCACUUGGUCUGUUUGAGGAUAAGAGCAAGAUCCACUGGUUCCGAGAUAUCGGCUACCAGCAUAUUCCCUUCUUCAACUGCCCCAACUCUCCAAAGUGCAGAGGCUGUGUGACGGGCCGCUUUACCGAUGGCGAGGCCUGGCUGAACAAAGAAGAUUGUCGCCCGAACUGGUUCAAGUAUGUCGGUAUGGGCUAAGACGAUGUAAUGUCAUGUAUGAAGACCAGCGAAUGCAAUCAACGCACGGGUAUAUUAAUUUCUGGGUGAUCUUGAAAAGGAUAUAGGCUGAUGCAUCUUUGGGGCACUGGGUGUUACUGGCGUAGAUGGUGGCAUUUAUAGAGUCAUUUUUUUUUUUUCCCCCUCUCGCCAAUUUUG